AUGUCACAUUUGGAUAUUCUCCCAACUGAGGUUCACUACCACAUUGCUUGGUACCUUAGCUCCACAGACAAAGCAGUUUUGGGAAAAACAGCCUCACGCCUUCGUCAAAUUUACUCUCCCUCUUCAUUCACAUGUGUUCUUGUCGAACUGGACUCGCCAACUGGCUCCUCGUAUAAAAACAGUCACCCAGCCUACCGCUCAGUCCCUGUAAAGGCUAUUCUUCAUCCAAACUCAUAUGCCUGGUUCUCUCCACUUAACGUCCAAAUCGUAGUCCUUUCAGGAGCCCCGGAUGUCGCUGUCCUCAAUGCACUUAAUGGUCUCACCCAACUCCCUAAGCUUAAGAAACUUAUUCUUGACAUCCCGGUGCGUGAUAGCAUCAAUCUUAAUGAAGCCCAAAUUGACACUCUUUUUGAAAAAACUUCAACUGCUUUCAAUACUCUUAUCUCUCAACCCCCAUUGCUGAUUGACUUGCGUGUGGGAGAUUACUCCCUAAUCAAAAACCUUUCUCCAAAAGCCCAUAUUAAUCACAUCUCUUUGCGUCUCUUGCGCCAGCCCGUAGAGUUCAUCUCGGUCCCACCGUUUGAAAAUCUCUCCAGUAUUCACCUCGACCUUGCUCGGCAUUCACCCCGCGAAAACUACCGUAGAGCCUUUAUUUCUCUUGCUGCUAUCCAGACCCUUAAAAAAGUGAUUGUCACAUACUAUGUUUGCGACUAUUACAAACUUCAGCCUUUGCUUCUGCUUCCUGCAACUCUGGAAAAGUGUCUGCUUCGCUUCAAUCUUCACCCCAAUGCUCUCCCACAAGCAUUGUACCCAAGUGAUAUGGAAGAAUUUGAAAUCCCCCAAGUCACUGAACUUGCUUACGAAACUGGUUCCUUUUCUACUAGUGCUCUCGGUUUCAUUCAAAAAUUGGUUUUCCCAAGACUCAAAGCACUUGAUGGAACUGUGGCUCCAUCAGCUUGGAAAGAGAUUUUUAAUCCAACCACUGGAAUCAACACGAAAUGGUUUGACCAACCUCUCAAUAUUACCAGUCUCAGACUGGGGAUUUACGACCAUUAUCUAGUGCCAGAAAUUAGUUUUCUUUUGAUUGCUUUGGGCCAGUUUAUUCAUCUGAAAACUUUGGAGAUUGAUAUAGAUCCAUUAAUAGAGACUGACACUGAAGAUACAUCACGGCCAAUUUUCGAAACUGUUUUUAAAUAUUUGCAAUCAAUUGAGCCAGAGAAUUUCCCCUUUAAAAACAAAAAAACAUUUGACACAUUUGACACAUUUGACAUUUUUCUAAAACCAUAUUCAGAAACUAAUCAACAAAAACUAAAGUUACUGUUAGAUUAUUCCACAAUCAUGCCCAGUGAGUAUGACCGUCUCAAAGCUGCAAUGGGUCCCAAAGAAACUCGAGUAAUCUCUCCAGAUAUUCUUCUCAAUCUAUUGAAUCUCCCUGAGAUGUCGGCAAUUAUUCCUCAUUUUGAUUUACCUUUGUUAUUUUAUCAUUUCCCUGGUGCAUGUCGGCUUAUCCCCUCUGAAACAAGUCAUACUAUAGAGAAUCUUAAACCCAUGGCAUCCAAGGGAAGUCACGAAAUAUUUUGGUCAGAAUGGUUUUAUUUUAAGUCCCAUUUAGUUCAGCUAUCAGAGCAAAGAACAAUGAUUAUUAGAAACUACCUUGAUUACCUUAUAUGUAAUGACACAGCAUUUAGCUCUAAAGUGCUAGCCAAUACGCCUCCUUGCGCAGUAAAAAACCUCUCAACAGACUGCUACAAUAAUAAUAAACAAUUUAAUGGGGCGGUAGUCCGAUUCCAGCAGCUCGCGCUCAAUGAGCUACUUAUGAAAACAAUUUAUGAAAAGCUGCGCAACCUCACGUCAUUGACUACCACGGGGUUCCCUGGCUUGGCUCAUGGUUCAUGGUUUGCAGCUUGUGCUCGCUCUCAUUCUUUUCUUGAAAAAGUUGUACUUUUGCCAUCUCCAGAAGAUGAGUUUUAUACUAAAACUCUUAAUGGCCCUGUUGCUCAGCAAUUUGCAAAUGUGACUGCUACAGGUGUGAAUACCACCCAGCCCAUGUCUUUUAAAGAACCUGACAUGUUUACAAAUAUCUCUAAUGCUGUUGUGGUUGACUUGAAAAUGUACCGCAACUCGUUGAAGCCAGUGUCUACUUUCCCAUACAAAUUGUGUGGACAAGUAACCGAAGGCACCUUGCCAAAAAUUCUGCGCGAUGGAGAACUCCAUUAUAUCGCACCUUCCAUUGUUAAAGACUAUCCAUCUUCUUAUCACUUUUGUUGA